AUGUCACGGAAAGAAGUGCCUCACCACUCAUGCUUGCUCCGGAAUGCCGAGUGCGUGGAAUGUAAGCGAGGAGUGUGGGAUCAUGGCCUAUCAUGUAAUCGUCUCGGUGCGUACACUUGCAUGCGAUGCAAAAUCUGCUUUUGUGAUGAACAUGUUCGACGUAAGGGAGUGGUGAUCAAUAAAUCACAGGAGAUACCUUGCCCGAAAUGUACCUGUCCCGUCAAAGAAACCAAGGAUUACAGUGUUUCCGUACGGCGACAUGACUACGGCAGGCAACAGCGUCCGGACUAUGAAACGGGUGACGAUGAUGAUGCUGGUUACACGGGCGGCUACGUUUACAAGAGGCGCUACAAAGCGCUGGAGCACAAUUCGAGAAGGUGGACUGUAGCAGACAAGCGUUUUCGCAUCAGUGGGCAUGCAUGGGGUGUGCGUAGAUGCAAGCAAUAG